CAAAUUAUAUCGAAUUAAUUCUUCUCGUAGAUGACUGUUACUUGGACAAGUGGUUACAACAUUGAUGAGGCUGUUCCAUUCGUCGAAUGGGGUUGGAAGGGCCAAGAGCAAAAGCGUUCCCCUGCAGGGACACUCACAUUUCACCGGAACAGCAUGUGUGGAUCUCCGGCUAGAACUGUGGGAUGGCGUGAUCCUGGAUUCAUACAUACAAGUUUCCUCAAGGAUUUGUGGCCAAACGUCGAGUACACAUACAAGUUGGGUCACUUAUUAAGCAAUGGUUCAGUUGUUAUGAGCAAACAAUAUUCAUUUAAAUCUCCUCCAUUUCCAGGACAAGAGUCAUUGCAACGAAUCGUGAUAUUUGGAGACAUGGGGAAGCAAGAGCGCGAUGGUUCAAAUGAAUAUGCUGAUUAUCAGCCAGGUUCACUUAUGACAACUGACACCCUUGUUAAAGACCUUGAUAACAUUGACGCGGUUUUCCUUAUUGGAGAUCUCCCCUAUGCCAACGGAUAUAUCUCACAAUGGGAUCAAUUUACUUCGCAAGUAGAGCCAAUAGCAUCGAGAGUACCUUUCAUGAUUGCAAGUGGUAAUCAUGAAAGAACUUGGGAGAACAGUGGAUCAAUAUACAAUGGUCUAGACUCGGGUGGAGAAUGUGGUGUACCAGCUGAAACGUUAUACUAUGUUCCCGCAGAAAAUAGAGCUAAGUUCUGGUAUGCAGCUGAUUAUGGGAUGUUCCACUUCUGUAUAGGAGAUACUGAACAUGACUGGAGAGAGGGAUCUGAACAGUACAAGUUUAUCGAGCAAUGCUUUGCUUCAGCCAAUAGACACAAACAACCUUGGUUGAUUUUCGCUGCUCAUCGUGUUCUUGGUUACUCAUCUAAUGACUGGUAUGCUAAUGAAGGUUCAUUUGAAGAGCCCAUGGGAAGGGAGCAUUUGCAAAAGCUCUGGCAAAAGUAUAAGGUUGAUAUGGCAUUCUACGGGCACGUUCAUAACUAUGAAAGAGUUUGCCCUAUUUACCAGAAUCAAUGUGUGAACAAGGAGACAUCACACUACUCUGGCGUUGUGAACGGAACGAUUCAUGUUGUUGUUGGUGGAGGUGGAAGUCAUUUGUCACAAUUCACAAGUCUUAACACUAGAUGGAGUGUGUUCAAAGAUUAUGACUGGGGAUUUGUGAAACUCACAGCAUUUAACCAAUCUUCCCUUUUGUUUGAGUACAAGAAGAGCAAAGAUGGUAAAGUGUAUGAUUCUUUUACGAUCUCAAGAGACUAUAAAGAUGUUUUAGCUUGUGUCCAUGAUGGUUGUGAACCAACUACUUUGGCUAAUUAAACUCAAGACGUUAUUUCUUAUUCUUUAUACCUCACCUCGUGUACAAAUUAAAUUCUAUUAUGUCCUUUUUUGGAAUAAGGUGAAGACCAUUAAUCUCAUGAGUCAUGACAUAUCCGUAUGUAUCUCAUCCCACCACAAAUAAUUUGGA